GCCUACCGAGUUGUCUCCAGGGUCUUCUGUAUGCCUCUACCCACCGUCCACAGAGUGGUCCACAGGAUGGUGGAUGAGGUGGUGGCUGUGCUGCCUCAAUUUGUUCGCUUCCCCCGCACACAGGAGGAGCUCCAGGUGGUCGGGGAUGGCUUUGCCCGGUUGGCUCAUCACCGAGCAUUUAGUAAGGCAGCAGGGGCAGUAGAUGGCUGCCACAUCCGAAUUAAAUGUCCCGGCGGCCCUGAUGGUCACGACUAUAACAACAGGAAACUCUUCCCGUCCGUGGUGCUCCAGGCUGUCUGUGACCAUCAGGGCCGCUUUAUGGACAUCUUUGUGGGUUACCCAGGAAGCAUGCAUGAUGCACGCAUCCUGAAGAACAGCCCCAUCUACACUAGGGGGACUUACCCUCCACCUGGGUAUUUCCUCCUAGCUGAUGGUGGCUACCCAUGUCUACAGGAACCCCUGGCCCUUAUCACACCAUAUAAGAGGCCAGUGAGAGGCAUGGCAGAGCAACGGUUUAAUUACCAUCAUUCAUUGAGCGUGCCUUUGGAAUGAUGAAAACCCGCUUCAGGUGCAUCUUUUUAGAAGCACUUGAAGUACAUCCAGUGUUUGUCCCUAAGGUGGUGACAGCGUGUGUAAUUUUACACAACAUUUGUGUUGGUGUUGGGGAUGAGCUGGAAGAGGCUGUGGAGGAGGUCGACAACCAGCUACCUCUGGAGCGUGAUGGUGGGGACAGCCG